CCCCUCCCUGCCCAUCUCCCGAAACGGACGCCGACCCAUGAUUUCCUCCAGCACGGCGAUGGCGGUCCGGCGGUUUUCAGGACGGAUUCCAUGGACAGCAGCGCCGGCGGCGGCUACGGCUGCAACUACGGCUACAGGAUGAUGGAGAAGCGGCAGCUGUUCCUGAGGAGCUACCAGUUCAGCAGGAAGCGGAGCUUGGGGGAGCGGAUUCGGCGGUCGCUGAGGCGGGUCAAGCGGGUCGUCUGGCUCAGGCUCCGGUCGGCUCGCCGGUUCCGGAGGCUCGUCUGGGCCAGGCUCUGCAGAUCGGUCCGGCUUCAUCUCCACGGCGGCACGGCUGUUCUUGCGUCUACUACUGCAACGGCAACAGAGGAAGGAGAAGGAGGUCGAGCUUCUUCCGCCUUCUCAAUCCCCAGCAGUAGUCACAGCAAUAGCUACGACUGCUUCACUUAUGAUCUGUCUCAAGAUUAUGAUAUCUAUGACAUGAUUGAGUUAGUCAAUGCAUGA